GCAGAAAGUAAACAUGCAACAUUGACAUUAUUUGAUAGUAACCCACAUGCUAAUGUAAUCUGUCGCUGUUACAGUGUUUAGUGAAGACAUUGUCUAUUAAUCCAGAGUCUUGCGCCUUUUCUUGCCUAAAUUUGCAAGACGAGAAACAAUGUAAAAGUUUUCUCAUGUAGCAACUUUUAAAGCUCUUACAUGCAGCAUGCUUCACCAACACUACCAGCGUAAAGCACUGGUCAGCAGACUGAUUCUUCUUCAUGUCCACUUUAAAAAACGACUCAUAACAAUGUCAAUACCGGACUUAUCAGAGGAGAGCUCGAGUAAGCGAGUGAGAGGCAACAGUGUGUUACAGAUGAAUAAGGACAGGAGUGAAGCACCCCUCAAUGACGUGGUGGCAAACAGCAGGGGGGCUGAAAACGACCCCGCUGCCAGAAAGUCUACAGAGGAAGAAAUGGCCAUUCACAGGAGCCAUAGAGAGGCUUGUGAGGCGAAGAAGCAGAUGUAUGUCGACCCUUCCAGUGGAUACAAGGUGUUCACAGAGUAUGCCCACCUUCAGAGAGGGAAAUGCUGUGGCAGCGCAUGCAGACAUUGUCCAUAUGGCCAAGUCAACGUGAAGGACCCUGCCAUGAAGAAACAGUUUAAUUCUCUAUUUUAUGUGUAGGCCUAACAAGCAAAAGGUAAUAUGCAAGAUACUGUUUAGAAUGGAGCCCACCACAUGUUGCUUGUCUUCUGCCUGUCGUUAUUUGGACUACUUUGAGAGUCAUUUUUUAUCAGUGUACUAAAUGAUGAAAUAUGGGUAGUGUUUGUGCAAUACCUACCUCCUCUGAAUUACAAUUCUUUGGAAUUUUUUUUCCCAUUUUCAUAAGACAGGGAAGGAGGGGAAAGGAUUUGUUCACUAGAAACGCAUGUAAAAUAGUCUUUUUAUCACAUUUUUGUUUUGUUAUAUUUUUCAGAUAUUUUUAUUGAAUGUCCAAUGAAAUGCCUUGAGCUUCAUUUUUCGUCUCUCUUUAUGAGUAUUUAAUGUUUUGUGGUAUUCUGCUCUUCUGAUGCAUUUACAAGGGUUGUGGGAGUAUAGAGAUGAAGACUGAAAGUGCAUUUUAGAUCUUCGCCCUCAAGACAAAGGGCAUAUAAGCAAAAGUAACUGCAGAUAUUCAGAUGGAGUCUUGUGCUCUUUUGCUUUGCAUCUCUUGUUAUUUUUUUUCUCCCAAACGUACGACUGUAUGAAUAUUAGCAUCAUUUACACCCCACAAGUGCUCGACUGAACUGUCUACCUUUGACUGAAAUAGGCUACUGUGUUGUUAAAAAUAAGCAGGGGCCAAGGGUCAGCCCUCACACUUGUGCUGUUUUUACACCACUUGAUGGAAUCAGGCUGUUAACAAACAUGCCAUGGACAUCAACAGCAGCCCUCCCCACUGGACUCGCAGCUCAGCCUCCUGGCAACACUUGGCUACAGCACAGCACCCUGCGGCUGCUCUCCUGAGCUGCAGCCUAAUGAACUCCUGGGCCCUCUUAUCCCAGCACUGCAAUAGAUCAGCUCAUGUUCAAGAGCAUGCAUAGAAGCACACAUGCAUAAGCAGACUUACUCCAUCAUAACACCCUGUGGCUCCUAAUAGGCCAAUAUAGAAUAAAGGUUGCACUGAACAGCACACUUUGUAGCCCACAGUAUAGUACAACCUAAGGUCAAGCGCUCAUACUGCACUACCUGUGCGUGCAAGAGAUGUUGAGGAAAGAUGCGCCACUUGAUUUGUGAGUGCAUGUGGGUAGGCAGUGCGAUGCCUUCAGGCGCUGGCUCUGAACCUGCCACACACACUCGCCUGUCUCCGCCUGAUUGGGCAAACAGCGUCGGGAUGAGAGGAUGUGUCUGCCGCGGAAUUCUGUCGCAGCCGCCUACUUGGCGCGGCCACAAUUUUCCACGGCAGGUGGGUCCCAAAGGCAAGUGCUUAGUGAUCGGAGCAAAGCCCUGUGAGCGGCUACAAGGAGAUUCAUGAUCCCAACAGUGCUGGGGAGGACAGGUUCUCGGGGACGCGUCGUCAGGCGGGAUGAGAGGCGAAGUUAUUUGGUGUUAUUCUAAACUGAGGCAGCGGAGCGUGCGGCAGCAACAUUUCUACAGCGGGACGGUGAAGGUGUCACACUCAUCAAGUACCUGGGC